AAAGUGUAAAGUACUAGUAAUCAAGUGUUAAAUAAUUUUGAACAUAAUGUAUUUAAUAAUAUCAAAUAUAAAUAAUAAUAAAAUUAUAUCAAAACAUCAAUGAUUUUAUCAAGUGAUUGUGUCUACAUAAUAUUUCAACAUCUGUUCAAAUAAUUAAGUACAAUAUUACUGAAAAAAUAUAUGAAAAUCAUGCCAACAACAAAACCAUCUCGAAAGGUUGUGGGCAUGAUAAUAAGGAGUCGUAAAGGAAUUAUAAAGGAUGGUGUUAUGACGCCGUCCGGUAUUGGAGAGCCAAGUGUAUAUCACGCUUUGGUUGUGAUAUUCCUUGAAUUUUUUGCUUGGGGUUUAUUAACAAUGCCUGUAAUAACCACAUUAAAUGAAACAUUUCCGGAUCAUACAUUUUUAAUGAAUGGUCUCAUUAUGGGCAUAAAGGGUUUAUUAUCGUUUUUAUCAGCACCAUUGAUUGGAGCAUUAUCUGAUGUAUGGGGAAGAAAGUUUUUUUUAUUAAUUACCGUAUUUUUUACAUGUGCUCCAAUACCGUUAAUGACAAUUAAUACAUGGUGGUUUUUUGCAAUGAUCUCAAUAUCUGGCGUAUUUGCAGUUACAUUUAGUGUUGUAUUUGCAUAUGUAGCUGAUGUAACUGAACAACAUGAACGAUCUUUAGCAUACGGUUUAGUAUCUGCAACAUUUGCUGCUAGUAUGGUAAUAUCACCAGCAUUAGGAGCAUACUUAAUGGAUGCAUGGAGUGAGAAUUUGGUGGUUGCAUUAGCAACAUCUGUUGCUAUAUUAGAUGUAUUCUUCAUACUUGUGGCUGUACCAGAAUCGUUACCGGAAAAAGUACGUUCACAUGCCAGUGCAUCUUCUUCAUCGUCAUCGUCAUGGAGUGGAGCUAGUGCUUCAAUUAGUUGGGAACAAGCUGAUCCGUUUGCUGCAUUACGUAAAGUUGGUAAAGAUCCAACAAUAUUGAUGUUAUGCAUUACCGUAUUUUUAUCAUAUCUACCAGAAGCUGGACAAUACUCAUGUAUAUUCGUUUAUUUAAAAUUGGUCAUGGGUUUUAGUGUUGUAAUGGUUGCUGUGUUUAUAGCAGUCGUUGGUGUAUUAUCCGUUGGUGCUCAAAUUAUUUUAGGUGCAUUAAUGCGUACAUUAGGUUCAAAACAUACAAUCAUGAUUGGUCUAUUAUUUGAAAUGUUACAAUUAAUGUGGUAUGGAUUUGGAUCACAAACAUGGAUGAUGUGGGCCGCUGGUAUAUUAGCAAGUAUAUCAAGUAUAUCAUAUCCAGCAAUAUCAGCAUUCGUGUCAAUGCAUUCGGAUGCUGAUCGACAAGGUGUUGUACAGGGCAUGGUGACUGGUAUGCGUGGCUUAUGCAAUGGCUUGGGACCAGCAAUGUUUGGUUUAAUAUUUUAUUUAUUUCAUGUGGAUUUAAAUGAGCAACAUACAAAGGAUAUAAAUAUAACAACAUUGCAACAAAUUGAACAGCAUACAUAUGUACAAUUCGUACCUGGACCACCAUUUGUAUUUGGUGCAUUUUUAGUAAUAUGUGCGUUAAUUGUUGCUGCAUUUAUACCAGAGGGUAAUGUGAUUGGUAGUGGUAUUGAUAUAACAACAUCUAGUUUAUCAUUAGAUACACAUUAUGAAAUUGAACAUGGACAUAAAGUUCCUGGUACAUUAUCACCGUUAAUGGCAAAUCAUCAUCAUCAUCACCAUCACCAUCAUCAUCGAAAUGAUCCAGCAAUAUUAUAAAUUAAUUUUGUGAUUAGAGUAUUAAAUAUUUUAUGGAUAAUUAUAAUAAAUGUAUUGAAGAGUGUGUGACGUUUUUAAAGAAAUUAUUAUCAAAAUAAUAUAUUGUUUGGUAAAAAAGAUGUUGUGAUAUUAUGACAUGAAAUGAUGCUAUGUAAUGUAAAACAUACGUAUUGUGUGAUCAACAGAACAGCAGCAAAUAUUGUGUGAGCAUUUUAGUUUGAUUAUAGUGUAAAAAAACAAACAUUAUGUACUUUGUAUUUAAAUUGUAAAUUUUGUAUUAUUUUUUAUUUUAAAUUUUGUUAUUAUUUAUACAACAAUUAAAUGUAAAUGUUUUUAAAUUU